AUGCCAGCGACGUGGCUUUCUUUAUAAAGCGAUACAAAUCGUGGAGCUUGAGUUGCACAUUCAUCAUCGUCAGGCCAAAGGCAAGGCAAGGCAAGGCAAGCCAGACCAAAUAUCCAAAAGGCUAUAUACUGUAUCCUGCGAACGUCAUCUUUCUAUCCGACUUUCAUCAAGUGCUAUUGGAUGAGCAUCGGGCAUCGAGUCGUCAGAGGGAUCAUCACACGUGUCACGCUGUACAGCACGCCCAACAAGCUCGCUGAUCUAAUCUCUCCCAGAAGGCGAGGCGAGGCGAGGGCGAGGGCGAGGGCGAAAAUGUCUCAAGAUAUGGUGGUGAAGGAUGGGAAUGUGAAUGUGCAGAUUGGCGCUUCAUCAUCUGCGAAUGCGAAUGCGGAUGCGGAUGCUGCUGGUGCAGCGAUCAGACCUCGAACAAGGGGAAAGCGAGGCGGAGCGAAGAACAAGAAACCGGCAGUUGUGGAGGAUGUUGUAGCAGCAGCAACAGCACCAGCGCCACAUCAAGAUACGUCAGGGGUAGCAGGAACAUCAUCCACCUCUGCUCCCCUGUCGACCGAGGUUGCGCGUGCUGCGCCGGUGGGACAAGCAACGACGGAGAGUGCAGGUGCUGCUGCGAAGAGCGGAAAGCCCAAGGCAGCGGUGACGAGGGAUGAGGAUGGAAAGCUGAUCAGACCUCGUGGAAAGAGGGGAGGAAGCAAGAACAACAACAGAAAAGUGGUCAGCAGCAGCAGCGGGAGCGGCAGCGGUAAAGAUUCGAAUCGCAGUUCGGCCAUCUCUUCCGCUUUCAAGAAAUCCAUCAAGAGCAAGUCCACUGCCUCCUCUUCCUCUUCUUCUUCCUUGGAACAAACUUCCGCAUUACCAUCAGCGGGGGCAUCAGCUCACAGUCUAGCCAUAGCCCAAUGGCACGCGUUGGAAAAGGAAUUAUCCCAACCCAACACCUCGCCUGCACGUAAACAAGAGAUUUUGAAGAAGCAAAAGGAGCUAGGAGGAUUGAGGGCUUAUCAGGACGCUUCGGUGGUUGGUGCCAAUCAUCUAAAGGCUGGAGAGACGGGUAAAUGGUGCGCUGAGAUGUUGCAAGAGGUUAGGGGAAAAGAGCCGCUGCAUCUCCUAGACGUGGGAGCUAUAGCAGGCACAGCGUACCUGAAAUAUCCCUGGAUCAACAGCACAUCCAUCGAUCUCGAACCUCGCUCCGAAGCGGUCAUCAGGUCGGAUUUCUUCGACUUUGCAAAACCUGAUCUGGACAGGCAACAAGCGGAGGAUGUGUGGAGCAAAGCGGUAAUGGAAGGAGGAGACGAAGGAGGGGAAGAAGGUCGGGCGAAGAGAUGGAGAGGAAAGUUCGAUGUGGUAGCGCUCAGUCUGGUUGUUAAUUAUGUUGGCGAUCUAGAGCAGAGGGGUCGGAUGCUGCUUCACGCGCACCACUACCUCACUCCCACAGGCUACCUCUACCUGGUCCUUCCCAACGCCUGCGUCUGCAACUCUCGCUACAUGACGCACGACCGUCUGACCUGCAUACUCGACUCGGCGGGCUAUAGAGUGGUGAGGCAGGACGAUAGCAAGAGGUUGAGCAGGUGGUUGUGCGCGCGCAAAGAUGCUGCUGCUGCUGCAAAGGCGGGCAACAAGAAACAUGCGGGAUGGGAUGGGAAAAAGUGGGGCAAGGAGGAGGUGAUGGGUGGGGCUGUUAGGAAUAAUUUCUGCAUCAAGCUCGUAGGUCCUUGAUCACAAUUUGCCCUUGCCUUCACACGCUCUUCUCCCCCCCCCUCCCGCCCAACACCACCACCACCACCACCAUCAGCAGCAGCGUAACAAUCACCAAGCUAGAUCGCAAUCUUGUUCAGUCACCCAAUACAAAUGCCUUUUGUGGGGCGGCGCGUAU